AGUAUUUUCUACCUGAAAAUACACAGCAGAGACGCGUAGAAAAUGGGCGGUUUGAGGCGUUUUUUAAUAGCAUUAAUUUGCUGUAUUUUUGCUGUCUCUGAAGCAGAUGAUUUCCUUGGCUGUGGUGGUUUCGUCAAGUCAGAUGUUGAGAUAAAUUUUUCUCGCAUUGAGAUUAAGCUUUACACUAAGCAGGGUGCGUUAAAAUACCAAACGGAUUGUGCUCCUAACAAUGGAUACUUCAUGAUUCCAAUUUACGACAAAGGAGAUUUCAUCUUGAAGGUCGAACCCCCAUCUGGUUGGAGUUUUGAGCCCACUAGCGUUAAUUUGCAUAUUGAUGGAGAGACGGACGUGUGUAGCCGAGGAGAGGACAUCGACUUCAAGUUCACUGGAUUUAUGUUCAGUGGAAAGGUACUUAGUAAGGGCCAGUUAGAGGGUCCUGCUGGUGUGGCCGUAUCGUUACAGAAGAGAGGCAGCGAAGAGAUCUUAAUGCAGUCACAGACUUCUUCUGGAGGAGGGUACGUCUUCAAGCAAGUUCUCCCAGGGGAUUACAUUCUCAAGGCAUCCCAUCCAAAAUGGUCCUUUGUGAAGCACGCUUUGCCAGUCACAGUAGCAAGGGACAGCAGCGCCCAUGCUCCGUCCAUAAUCGUAUCCGGCUAUGAUGUCACUGGUCAUGUGAUGAGCGAUGGAGAGCCAAUCAAAGAUGUCCAUUUCUUGCUCUUCUCGGACGCUGUUUCAAAGACGGAUGUUAGCCAGUGUGAUCCAGCGCCAGUUAAAGGUUACACCCACCCACAAGGGAAAGUCCCACUAUGCAGCGUCACAUCCAGUCAGCAAGGCCAAAUCUCCUUUAAGGCUCUGCCCACGGGAAAAUAUACAAUGGUUCCAUUCUACCAGGGUGAGCACAUCACCUUUGAUGUUAUCCCAUCAUCCAUGGACUUUCUAGUCAAUCAUGACAGCUUGACUCUUCAGACAACAUUCCGAGUGGAAGGAUUCUCAGUAUCUGGACAAGUCUUAGAUGCUGAAGGGGGUAAUCCUGUUGCCGGGGCAAAGGUCAAACUCCAAGACAGGUCAGAGGUCAUCACUAAAUCCGACGGUACAUAUGAAUUGGAGAAGAUCAAAUCAGGGACGUACGUUUUAUCAGCGAGCAAGGAGCACAUUUUCUUUGAGGGGCAGACGAUGAAGAUUAAUCCCAACACGCCUCGUCUUCCAGACAUAAUAGCCUCAAGUUUCAGCCUUUGCGGGCGCAUCAUUAUCGAUAAGCUACCAACAACACUGCCCUCUAGUGGUCCAAGAAGGGUUAGUCUCAUCCCAGAAGGAGGAUCAGCAAAAGAUACUGUUUCCAUGGCAACGGAUAAAGAUGGCGCUUUCUGCUUCAAGGUGAAACCAGGCAGUUAUGUUGUGCAGCCAACAGUCAGCCAGGAGGAAGCCGCAGCUGGUCUGAAAGUCAUUCCUGCCCAACAGAAGGCGCUUGUCAAGAAUGCGCCGACCUUUGACAUCAAUUUCUCUCAGUUCAAAGCAGACAUUAGAGGUGUCAUCAAAUGUAUAGACGUAUGUGGGACUCUACAGAUAACGUUACAUACUGACAGUGGUGUAGAGGAGAGACCACCAGCUCAUGUAUCCCAACAGACUAAACAAGCUUCAUUUGUACUCAAAGAUGUCCUGCCAGGAAAAUAUAAAGUGAGCGUUAUCCAGAAUCAGUGGUGCUGGGUGAAGACGUCUUUGGAUGUUGAAGUGACUGAUGGUGACGUGACAGCAUUGGAAUUCCUACAAACAGGUUACAUGCUGCAGUGUCACGUUUCUCACCCCAUUGCAAUCUUUUACCAUCACAGCAAGUCACCCAAACAACCCAAGCAGCUGGAUUUAACCAAAGGCCUGAACCAGUUCUGUCUGGAUAAAUCCGGUUCCUACAAGCUGUCACCGGUUUCUUGCCACCAAUUUGAACAGGAGAUGUACAGCUUCGAUACCGCUUCUCCAACCAUGCUAACACUGACUGCAGUCAAACAUCUGAUUACUGGCUCUAUUGUUGCUAAGCAACCAUCUUCAGAUAUCUUUGUCACAAUCAAAUCUUCCAUUGAGACGGAGCCGUUAGUUCGUCUCGGACCUCUCAAAUCAAAACAAGAGCUUGAGAGAGAGGCUAAGAAGAAGACCAAACCAGCCAAGACUGGGAAUGAAACAGAGCCUGGAGACGAGACUAAGGAGGUUAAGGACGAUGGACCUAGUAUUUACGAGUUUACAUACUGGGCAAGGAAUGGAGAGAAAAUUGAUGUGACACCAUCUUCACAAGUUAUUUUGUUCUAUCCUGGCAAGGCACAAGUCGUCAUACAAAGCAGAGAGGACUGUCUCGGCCAAGUGGUUCAGUUUGAAGGUCGUGCCGGGGUCUUCCUCUCAGGUCAUGUCAAACCGGGUCUUGCAGGGGUCAAGAUAUCGGUCGUAUCGAGGUCAUUAGAGACACAAGAGGUCAAACCGGUUAGUAAUGUCGUCACUGCAGACAAUGGACUCUACAGAAUUGGUCCCCUAUCGGACAUGUCUGAGUAUGAGGUACAGGCUGCAUUAGAUGGUUACAUUCUGACUAAGAUGGAAGGAACUACGGGAGACUUCAAAGCCUCUAAACUCGGAGAGGUCACUAUUGAGGUGAUUGAUGAGGAGGGCCUCCCACUCCAGGGGGUGCUACUCUCACUCAGUGGUGGGAAAUUCCGCAGCAAUAAUUUAACGCAGGCUAGCGGUAGUCUGGUGUUCACUGGUCUGGGAGCGGACCAAUACUAUCUACGCGCUCUGAUGAAGGAAUACAAAUUUGAACCCGGUUCUCAGAUGAUUAAAGUUGAGGAAGGGUCAUCCAUCAAACUAAAGGUCAAGGGGUCAAGGGUUGCAUUCAGCUGCUUUGGUGUUGUCACUUCCCUCAACGGAGAACCAGAACCAGAUAUUUAUCUCGAGGCUCAAGGAAUUGAUAAUUGUGGAGAGGUUUUAGAGGAAAGUAUGACCGAUCCAGAAGGGAAAUUUAGAAUCCGAGGACUCCAGCCGGAGUGUUCGUAUGAGCUGAGACUAAAAGCAGGUGAUUCCAACAGUCAUAUAGAACGAGCUGCUCCUAAAACACAAUCUAUCAAGGUCCAAGGAAAAGAUAUUGAUGAUCUACAGAUUAUAGUUUUCCGUCGAUUGAACCAGUUUGAGAUAGGGGGAAAUAUUGUCACCUCUAGCGAAUAUUUGGCAACAUUGAAGAUUCUUCUGUACAGUGAGGAUAAUUUAGUGUCUCCUUUACACACUCUGUCACUCGGUAUCAGUAGUUUCUUUCAGUUCCCUCCACUUCUUAACGACGGUGCGAGAUACGUCCUGCGUAUAGAAUCGUCGUUAUCCAAAUCCAGUUACGAGUUCACGCUACCAGAAGCUAGUUUUAGUACAGGAGGGUUUUUCAAACAUAUCACACUACAGUUCAAUCCACAGCGUCGCUCUGUGGACCAAGAAGUAUCAAGCGGUUCCCAUCUAGCCUUGCCGCUGAUUGUAGCUUUAAUUGCAAUCGGAUUCAACCACGCUAAGGUUCUACCAGUACUUCAACAAUUCAGCCAAUCAUUAAAGACCUUUAGUCAACCGAGCAUAAGUGAAGUUCGAGACGUGGGCGGAGCCGGCGAACAGGAUACUAGAUCUAUUAAGAAGAAGCCUAAAACACGAAAAACAUAAUGAGAGGGAACCAGACUAAAAUUUUAGGACUAAAAAAAUGAAGUAAUUUGAAGAAAAGAAAAAGAAGCAAUUUUGAGGCCUGGAUUUUGAAAUGGUGAAGUUACAAUCAAGUCAGGUUUUCGGAGACGCCAUGUAAUGAAUCACUUAAUGAGCUGUGGUGGUUUUGAAAAGAACCAGUCGUUUAACAACUUGACGUUUAGAUCAGUAUGCGCUGAUCGUCUUCACAAGGCAGAGUAGAUUUGUCUGGGAUUGGUUUAUUGGUCCUGUAAAAGUAUUGUGUGCAGCUUGAUGACACAUUUUGACUGUAUAUUUUGUCGUGUUGAUUGAAUAUGAACAUUGCAAUGUUUAUAAUUGGUUGUUUUUUAGAGUUUUAAAUGUUUGAAAGUCUUAUUUUGUAGGAUGAAUGGGUGUUGAGAUUUUAUCUGUGUUGCAAUUAUUUCCUCUGUACCUCAUACAUAUUUAUGAGGUUAAACCAUUUACAUAUUUAUGAGCUGAUACCAUUUAUACAUAUAUGUGAGGUCAUAACAUUCUCUGAUUGGCUAAGAAGUCAUAGCCAUACAGAGUUUGAUGGGGGUGGACAGGGUGGACUUUGUAAAACUUUUAGCGUUGAUAUAUCUGCAGAAGAAACCACAAAAAUAAGGGAUAAUAUAUCUAUAAGGUUCUCAAGGUUUGGUUCAGUGGUUAGACUGCUUGACUUGCAAUUUUAUGGUUGUGGGUACGAAUCCCCAAAGCCAAACUGAUAAUUUCACAAUGACUAGAGUAAGUAUUGUCGUCUAGUUAAAGGCAGGCCUCAUG